GCCUUAGGUAGCUUUCUUUCUUACCUCAUCUGCCAAUUCAACAUCAAAUAUCUAUCAAUCUGCGUGCCUCUCCAGCAUCACUUACAAUGUGCACCAUACAGUUCGUUCGCUGCUUGUAGGCCCAACAUUUCAUAAAAAUCAAAAGGUUAACACACGUAGCCAAGUAUAAUCGCGAUUAAGAACUUGUACCAGAUCGUGGUAUCCUCUCAAGCCUCUUGCAUGCAAACUUGAUGGGUAACGUUUUUGAGACGGCAUUAAUGCAGAAGUGCUAUACUUAAGUCUAUCAUCAUCACCUACCUACCUACCUACCUACCUACCUACCUACCUACCUACCUAUAAUCAUACACAUCCAACGCAACGGGCUGGCGGGCUGGUCUACCUAUCAAUCUAUUGUACCCUAACGAAGCAGAUGAGCUCUCAUCAAUCUCGUUCGUCAUCAUCACCUUAGCAGCUCGGGGCUUCACGUCUGGAGCCCUGCGCGUAGAGCAGACUCUGUACGUAACAGCAUCCAAGAUAAAGCCGUGACAAGAUGAAGUUCUUCAUAGACGACCUUCCGGUGCUCUUUCCGUACCCUCGGAUAUACCCCGAGCAAUAUGCCUACAUGUGCGAUCUCAAGAGGACUCUCGACGCCGGCGGCCACUGUGUCCUGGAGAUGCCCUCAGGCACCGGCAAGACCGUUUCACUGCUGUCUCUCAUCGUCGCCUACCAGCAGCAUUACCCCGAGCAUCGAAAACUCAUAUAUUGUUCCCGUACCAUGUCCGAGAUUGAAAAGGCCCUGGCUGAGCUGAAAGCUCUCAUGAAGUUUCGCGCUGAUGAGCUGGGUCAUGUCGAAGAGUUUCGCGGCCUUGGCCUGACCAGCCGCAAGAACCUCUGCCUGCACCCUUCCGUCAAGAGGGAAAAGAGUGGUGCUAUCGUCGAUGCACGUUGCAGGAGUUUGACUGCCGGCUUUAUUAAGGAAAAGAAGGAUAAGGGCGAGAGUGUUGAUACCUGCAUAUACCACGACAACCUUGACCUUCUCGAGCCACACAAUCUCAUCCCCAACGGAGUCUGGACCUUCGACGGCUUGUUGAGGUAUGGAGAGCAGCACAAGCAAUGUCCCUACUUCACUGCGAGGCGCAUGAUGCAAUAUUGUAACGUCAUCAUUUACUCCUACCAUUACCUUCUAGACCCCAAGAUAGCCGAGCGCGUCUCCAAGGAAUUCUCUAAAGAUUGUAUCGUCGUGUUCGAUGAGGCCCAUAACAUUGACAAUGUGUGCAUCGAAUCCUUAAGCACUGAUAUAACGGAGGAUUCUCUACGCAAGGCUACCCGGGGUGCCGUUAAUCUUGAACAGAAAAUCACUGAGAUGAAAGAGACGGACAGGGAGCAGCUCGAAAACGAGUAUCAGAAGCUCGUUGAAGGCCUUCGCGAUGCUGAUGAGGCUCGCCAGGAAGAUUCAUUCAUGGCAAAUCCAGCCUUGCCCGAUGACUUGCUCAAGGAGGCCGUCCCUGGCAACAUUCGAAGGGCCGAACAUUUCACGGCCUUCCUAAAAAGAUUCAUAGAAUACCUGAAGACUCGCAUGAAGGUUCGGCAGGUUAUAUCAGAGACGCCGCCAUCAUUCCUGUCUCACUUGAAGGAACAUACAUUCAUCGAGAAAAAGCCACUGAGAUUCUGUGCCGAGAGGUUAACGUCGCUGGUAAGAACAUUAGAGCUUACCAACAUCGAAGACUACCAACCUCUUCAAGAAGUCGCAACAUUUGCCACACUGGUAGCUACCUAUGAGAAAGGCUUUGUUCUCAUUCUGGAGCCGUUUGAAUCAGAUACAGCUGAGGUCCCUAAUCCCGUUCUUCAUUUCACUUGUCUCGAUGCCGCUAUCGCUAUCAAGCCUGUAUUUGACAGAUUCAGCUCCGUCAUCAUCACGUCGGGGACAAUGUCGCCCCUAGAAAUGUACCCGAAGAUGCUUGACUUCCCGACAGUUGUGCAGGAGUCAUAUACUAUGACGCUAGCAAGGCGAUCGUUUCUACCGAUGAUCGUCACUCGUGGUAGUGACCAGGCGCCAGUUUCCACCAGUUUUCAAGUCCGAAAUGAGCCGAGUGUGGUCCGCAACUAUGGCAAUCUCCUAACGGAGUUCGCCAGGAUUACGCCUGAUGGCAUGGUGGUCUUCUUCCCAUCCUAUCUUUACAUGGAAUCCAUUAUCAGCAUGUGGCAGGGCAUGGGUAUUCUAGAUGAAGUAUGGAAGUACAAGCUCAUCCUAGUCGAAACGCCCGACGCGCAAGAAACUUCUCUCGCCCUUGAAACGUACCGCACAGCGUGUUGCAACGGGAGAGGCGCGGUCUUGCUGUGCGUCGCCCGCGGCAAGGUCUCCGAGGGAAUCGAUUUCGACCAUCAAUACGGGCGAACGGUGUUGUGCAUCGGCGUCCCGUUCCAAUACACGGAAUCGCGCAUCCUCAAGGCACGCCUCGAAUUCCUGCGGGAAACAUACCGCAUCCGCGAAAACGACUUCCUCUCCUUCGACGCUAUGCGCCACGCGGCGCAGUGUCUAGGUCGCGUGCUCCGAGGCAAAGACGACUACGGCAUCAUGGUGCUAGCGGACCGCCGGUUCCAGAAGAAGCGCCCGCAGCUGCCCAAGUGGAUCAACCAGGCCAUGCACGACGUCGACAGCAACCUGAGCACGGACAUGUCCAUCAUCACGGCGCAGCGGUUCCUGCGGGACAUGGCGCGGCCCUUCAAGGCCAAGGACCAGGAGGGCAUCAGCAUGUGGAGUCUGCAGGACCUGAAGGCCCAUCAGCAGAAGGUCGACGAGGAGAGGAUCAAGGAGCUGCAGAGCCGGGACGACGACGCCGUCAUCGCGGCGCUGCGCAAGGCCCAGGCGCAGAAGGCGUUCGAUGACGACUACGAUAUGGACGACGACGACCUCGAUGAGGAAAUGAUGCAGCUUGAUGGUGCUUGAACGCGGUUUGGGUAAUUCGUAAACCUAAACUCCGCUCUUGGUAUCGUAUCUUAUGCCUGCAUCGGGGAAUUUGAAGAAAAUGCAAAACUUACCUGUGGGUGUUUAUGAAGGGUGCAUAUAGCUAGAUUUCUAAUCCAUAGGUCAAUCAGAGGGGAACGGGAUUCUACUGUCAAGAUUGGAUGAAUGCUGUCAACAUGUAAUCGAAUAC